CCGAUGUGGGAAGAAAAGAAUCAGACUUUUCCUAAAGAUUUCAUUCUUUUAGGAUUAUUGCAUCAAAACCAGUAUGGAUUCCUAUUCUUAACACUUAUUCUCAUCAUUUUUAUGGUAGCAAUUACAGGAAAUACAGUUUUGAUUCUUCUGAUUCGCUUUGAGAUCUGGCUCCACACUCCAAUGUAUUUUCUUCUCAGCCAUCUCUCCUUUAUGGAUAUAUUGCACAUCUCCAACAUUGUUCCCAAGAUGGCCAGCAACUUCAUAUCAGGCAGGAAGUCCAUCUCAUUUGCAGGUUGUGGAGUGCAGGUUUUCUUCUCCCUAAUUUUUUUGGGUUCUGAAUGCCUUCUUCUCUCAGCCAUGUCCUAUGAUCGCUAUGUAGCUAUCUGCCGCCCACUGCAUUACCCCAUCCUCAUGAGCCAUCGGAUCAGUGUCCUUCUGGCUGCAGGAUGCUGGCUUGUGGGAACCAUCAACUCUACAAUUCACACAACUUAUGUACUGCACCUCCCUUUUUGUGGCACAAGAGCCAUUGACCACUUCUUCUGUGAAGUCCCAGCCAUGUUGAAACUCUCCUGUGUUGACACAUCGCACUAUGAAGGAGGAGUCAAUGUGAGUGGUGUAGUUUUCCUCCUCACUCCCUUUUCCAUCAUUCUUGCCUCUUAUUGUCAGAUUCUCCGUACUGUGCUUCACAUUAAAUCUAUGGAGGCCCAGAAAAAAGCCUUCUCCACUUGUUCCUCCCAUCUGGUUGUGGUUAUCAUGUACUAUGGGCCAUGUAUUUUUACAUAUAUGAGACCAAGAUCAUAUCACACUCCAGGUCAGGACAAGGUCUUAGCCAUCUUAUAUACCAUUCUUACUCCUAUGCUCAACCCUAUCAUCUAUAGUCUCAGAAAUAAAGAUGUCUUAUGUGCCCUGAAGAAGGUUUUAGGAAAGGUGCUUGUGCACAGAAAUUAA